AUGGUCAGGACUAUGCAGACCAGAACCACGGUGGCCAGGAUCAAGCCGCCCAGAGUCAAAGCGCCCAAGCGCAAGUCAACCAGAGUGGCCAAGUCCAAAAUAAGGCCCAAAAUCAGGGCCCUACGCCCAAGCAGUGUCGACCAAGCAGGUGUGAAGCCCACCCCCGGUCACGGAGGCACUGGAGAGACACCUGCGUGCGGAGAUCGAGGCGGUCUGUACUGCCAUCAAGACGAUUCAGCAGGGAUUGCGGAAAAGGGGAUGAUCUGUUUCCCUGUUGGCGUUGACGGCGGUAGUUCUUCUCUCGCUUCACCACCCCCCCCUCUCCCCACCAUCCGAAGCAACCAAGUCUCAAAAUGCCGAGAGAUAUUUCGCCAAUUAAGUUUCCUCAAAACCGAAAGAAGAAAAGGGGGGUUUGAGAACAAGAGGAUUAGAGCAGGCGAUAUGGUUGUGGAGGAAUUGAAAACAACAUGGACUUCCAGGGAUAUCAUGGUAUUUAUACUCAGGGGGGCCAAGGUAUUUGACUCCAGCCCUUCAUGA